UGUGCAUGCAGAAUGUCCGAUGAGGGUUCAGAACAAUCAUUGGAGCAACGUUUGCUCGACGAGUCGGAGCCCGAAGACUUCGGGGGUAAAACCUCUGACGAAGAUGAAGAUUUCAUGACGGAAAUGGAUGAGGAAAACACCGAUAGCGAGGAUGAAGACGAUGAUCUCGGUGCGGAAACGAGCUGCCAGCAACAACGUGCGUUGAAUGUUCGCUGCUCCCGUGGUAGGCCGAUCUCGCGUAUGGCGGGAAAAGACGGUUAUACCUGGAGUAGAAAAGCGGCUCGUACCUCAGAUCGGUUUUCAACAACGCAUGUCAACAUCCCGGGGCCUAAAAAUGAUGCGAAAAAUUGCAAAUCAAUCGAGGAAUUUUUCAAAAUCCUCUUUUCGCAACAAAUGAGAGAUCGGAUAGUACACUACACUAAUAUAAAGAUUCAAAAAGUUUUGGACGCUGUAGUCGUGAGUCAGAAUAUACUCCAAACAUAUCAUAUGCUCACAUAUUCAGUUGAAAUCAACGCUUUCAUUGGACUCCUUUUAUACAUGGGAAUUUGGAAAGCUAAUCGGGUUAGUGUGAAAGAUCUCUGGUCUCAGGAGGAGGGUUACGGCAUCUAAAAGUAAUCCUGAAAAACUGAACAAGUCCCGCAAGAUAUUAGACCAGAAUUCCAAAAACGCGUCCGAUGUGGUCUAUGCAAUCACGGAGAUGAUCAUAAGACGAAGCACCAGUGUGCGGGAUGCCAAAGGGCUAUGUGCGGCAUACAUCGGAUGUAUUUAUGUAUUGAUCGUGGAAGAAAUGAAUAAAAAAAAUAUGUUUUCAGUGU